AUGCCGUUCGGAUAUAAGGACCCGGGGAUGAGAUUUACGGAAUUAAUCAACCAACAAGCCGAAAUGCUCACUGUCGCACAACCAGUCCGGUUCGGAUCCGAAAGCCCAAAAUCUCACACGAUCAUGCAGGAACCAACAAGAAUGCAGGAUGGAAUUCUUACACGAGGGUUGAAUCUGGCAGCGCAUAAUUCGGUGAAUGAACAUCAUACCAUUUAA